CGAGAUGCGAAGCGGCUUGGCAUUCAAUCCCGCUACUUAUUUUUAUAUUUGCUUUUCAUUUUCCUCUCCCCAUUUCCGCCCGAUCCCCAUUGACAUUUCGGUCGACGCACUCGUGCCACUGGCUGCCGAGACGGCGACGACCUCGGUUGUUCGUGUUUCUUGUUUUGUUUUCUGCGAGUCUGCUUGGCUUGUUUUCCUUUGGCCAGUUGGCUGUCUUGUGCGGAACGAUACUCCUCCAUUUGAAGAGUUUUCCUCGCGGGCCUCUGUUUUUUCGCGAGCGGCGCAGUCGCGCACACCGUGCAAGAAGCCCGACAGCCAGUUCUCCAUUCGACACAGUUUUUGGGUUUUGUGGAGACUUUCUUCGGUUCAAGAGGCCUCUUUUCUGUGCAUUCGCUUCCACUCUCCGUUCUCCUUGACCGACCCGCCUAUCGAGCAGAGCCACAAGGAAAACGCAAUCCACUCUUGUCAUGCAACUCUGUCUGCCGCCGGCUCCUCCGGGAGCGCGGCGGCUCUGUCGGCUGCCAAUUCAUCUCGCCUGCGCCUCGAAGUUCUGCGGUCCUUUCGACCUUCUCUUUCUCCUGUUUUUUCUGCUUUCGACCUGCGGGGGUCGUGGCGUUUUUGCGCCUCUCUCUGCACGGGGCGACGGACUGGAGCCCCGAGGCGUCGCUUCCGUCCCGGCCACGGACUCUUCUCGACGCGCCGAAGCCAUUCCGCAAACUCGCCGGGAGCUGACGCAGCCUUCGUCCUCUUCUUCAGAUAAGUCGCGAGUCAACGAAAGCUCCGAAUUCCCCGACAGGCUGCCUGCGAACGCGCCGCUCGCGGACGAAAUUGAGGUUCCCGCGGAGUGGCUCGCGCUUCUCAGUCGAGAGCCAGCAGGCGUAUCCUUCCCUUCCACUUCUGCUCCCCCAGCCAUCCCGAAAUGGAAGGAGAGAAGUGAUCUUCUUCCUCCAGGACGCCUGGCGAAAUCCGGAGAGUCGGUCGCGGCCCAGAGGCCCCUGGCCUCUCAUGUGGCUGCGCCCGGCUCUCGGCUGUCUAGACACUCCAGAGGUGGGCAGCCGCAGGACGCGGCCGACGUCCGGCAGCAGCCUUCUUCCCCUCUUUCCUUCGGAGCACAGCAGGCGCCCGGCGGCCGAGCAGACGCGCAACGGGGCGGCGAGAGACAGCCGGAGGAUGUGUCAUCGGAGCAAGGAUCAGGACGAGGAGAACCACGAGAUGCAGCCGUGCAUGCGAAUUGGCACUCUUCGUCUCAGGCGGAACCGGAGGACGAAGGACUCUUUCAGUCAGGAGCUGCUUCGGAGGUCCCUCGUGGAGGGUCGCUCCCGGAGGAGGUCUUCCACUCUGCGCCUCGACAUGGUCAAGCACCUGGCAAGGACGGCGGCGAAAGUGUCUCUGUCGCACGAGCUGUGGGGUCUCCAGCAUCGCAGUUUCAAGCCAAUGCGCCGUACGUCACCGUUGCCUCGCAAGAGUCUCGCGGAGGAGACGCUGUAGUCUCCGAAGGAGGACUAAGCGCAGCUCCGCCGGACGAGCCCCAGAGAGGGUCGCUAGGUCGAGUCCUCCAACGCCUGUCUCCGAGGACCAGCAACGCCCCCGCGCAUCCUGAGGUUGUCGAGCUGGCGCCCCGGCUCGAGAAGGACUCUCUCGCUCAACGUGGAAAGGCGGAAUCGUCGGAGUUUGCCGACGGAGACAAGGAAGGACGAAGCAGUGCCCGAGACUCCUCUCUCCUCUCUCUUUUCAGGCCCACCGGGAUUCUUGAGUCUCUGCUGCCUGACGACUUUGCGCGAGACGUGAGGGCAUCAGUGCUGCGGAAAACUGGACAAGUGCAGGAGGAGUAUCUGCGCCCAGGGUGGAGGUCGGUAGCCCUCGCACUGAAUUCGCUGUUCUCUCGGGAACCCAGCGCGGCGCGAGACACAGCUCUAGGCAGCUCAGAGACGUACGGGGGACCGGAGCUUUCGGACUCUCCUGCCGACGAUCGCGACUUGGAGAGGAGGGGAAAACAGCAGGCAGGAGUCGGCGCCCGAGUGUUCGCGAAUCUCGGACUCCGUGAAGAAUUUAUUUCCGUGCUGCGCGCGGUUCAACAAGUCAAGGAGUCCCUAGGCCUCGACGAGUCUCAGAGUGUGUCGCCGCCACCCUCGCCCUCUCAGAGAGGAAAAAAGAAAGUUCUGCCGCCGUACCAAGUCCAGGUUCGCAAGAAAAUGGUGACAGUGAGCGAGUGGUACGUACGUUCUCUCGGCGCGACAAUGAAUGGCCGCCGCACGGACGACGAAGAUGCUCUGCUGGUUCACUCGCCUCUCGCUGGGUUCCCCGACGCGAGGCUCGUCGGACUUUUCGACGGUCACGCUGGCUACGAAGUCUCCCGCUUCUGCGCGACGCAUGCAUCCAGUUUCCUAGGUACCAUGACAGAUCUUUCGGCAGCGUCGUUUAAGGAAGCAUGUCUUGCGAUGGACGAUGCUGCCUUUCGUCAGUCGGUGCCUAUGCUUAGGUCCGGGUCGACAGGGAUUAUGGUCGUCAUUGAGCAGAAAUGGUCUCGUGCUGGUCACCUGUUUUUCCGAGUGCAUGCAGCCAACGUCGGAGACAGCAGGGCCUUUCUCCUGCGACGCGAUGGAUCGUUCGUCGCACUCUCUGCAGACCACAAACCGAACGAUCCGGACGAACGCCAGAGGAUUGAAUCUGCAGGCGGUCACGUUAAAAAAAUGGGGAACGGCAUUUGGCGCCUUGAUGGAUCUCUCGCCCUCUCUCGAGCUUUCGGGGACUUUCGACUGAAACAAGAGCCGUCGCUGCCUGCAGACGCCCAGAGAGUCGUUGCCGUCCCCGAUGUCGUCCAGACUUUUGCAGAGCCUGGAGACAUUCUUUUUCUUGCAUGCGAUGGCAUGUUUGAGGCUCGGGGCAUGACUUGGUCAGGUGUCGCCGCGCUUCUCAAAGAGAGUCUCGAAGAACUGCGGGGAGAUCUGCCGAGGGUGGCCUACAAGCUCCUGGAUUCAGCCUUCACCAGAGGCUCUCGCGAUAACAUUAGUUUGAUUAUUACGCGUCUCGACGAGGUCUGGUCGCCAGCGUCGACCAUCAGUAGAUUUGACUACGAUGCGUUGGGCAAAGUGACAGUGGAGCCCGCGAUAGUGAACGGGGAGAGAGUGGAUCUUCGAGCUGUGGACGGCGCUGCAGUGCAUCCUGAAGGCGAACCUGUGCAGGUGACUUUGUUUUAGAGACAUAUGAGUCCUGGAAACUCGCCGCUGUGCUCUACCGAGUAGCGAGAGCGUGCAUCUAGGAGAUGAACUGUUUGUGUGUCGUUAGAGACACUGAUCGACGUCACUGUCUUUCGAAGCGCGACCGCCACCAGGUCGGGCCUGAAGUCGGGAAGUGGAAGGCGUCGUGAGCGCCAAGAAGUCGAGGCAAAGGUAUUGCAGGCAAAUCGAAGAACAGGAGGUGCAGGUAUGCAGAGACAGACACUCCUGUACACUUGGCAACAUUUCAUUGGUGGCGUGUCAAGAUGCGUCCAGUUUUUUCAUAUUUUUCAGGUGUCUGUGCUUCCUGGAGCUCGAAGAGAAUGGGGUGGGGGUUCGGAGAGACACAGGGGCUGAAGGGAGGUCGGGGGAAGAGAAAGAAGCAGGAAAAAUCUGGCUUGGGCGCCAGUAGGCUGUCCUCAGUGUGUGCCGCUCCUGAAAGGACAGUCUCCGUCCUACAGUUUCUUGGUGUACAGGAGAAAACGUUUUGGAAACAAUCGCUGAGUUCGGUUUCCACAGGCGGCGUACGCAGGUGAUCAGCAGUGUUUGUUCCCACGAAAUGGGUGUACGUGUCAAGGCGUUUAAGUUGUUUUUCUGCAAUUCCAUUUUCUUGUGGAGUGGGGCAAAAGGCAACACGAAGUGGUAACUCGGCGCCGCCUUUGAGGCACUUCACGCACGGUUUUACGGUGGAGUUUCCCGCGUUGAACGUUCGGAAGAGGAACAUGCCACAACGGCGUCUGUACGACAGAAUGAAUGCAAGGAAGCGUUACGAGGGGUGACAGUGUCAACCUGCUCGUCCCCGUACCCCGGUGCCUGUCGUCUGUCGAAAGGGCAGCAAAGUGCAGACUGGAGUCUCCGAGAGCUGAACGAAGAGAGGUGAACGGCUGAGGGUUGGGUGUGGCGGUUGCAAAAGGCGAAAAAAGCUCAAUUGAUGAUGUGAAGCCCUCCCGGGAGGCCAUGCCACCCCCCCGACAAGUGCCUUCGGGCGCUUCGUUGGGUGUACGUACACCGCAGGGAAAUUCUUCAGGCAGUGCCCGGAGGCGGAAAAGGCGUUGUUUCAAAUGAAGCGGAAGUGGAUUUCGUGGAGACGGAGUUUUCUCGAAAGGCACCUGGGAACACGCCUGACUUCUCCAUUUUGCGCCCUAGACAAAGUUCAAUAGGUGACAUGCGUUGGCUUUGAAAGAUUGGGCUCCCUCUUGCACAGACACAAGUUGGGCCACGGCCAUCAGUAGGGCACGCGCAGGAGGAAAAUGUCGAAGAAACGUUUUGUGGUUCCGCGAUGCUGCGGCAGUUCUGUCGGCUUUCUGCCGGAUGGGAAUGCGGUGUGAGGGCGGCGGCAUGUCCAUCUCCAAGUGCACGGACGACCAGUCGUAACCGUACAAGAAGAGCAGUUUCAUGGUCUGCCCUUGGUUUGUUCGUCUGUCUGCUUUACGAGGUGCAAGAGAAGUGCUUCGCUGUUCGGUCUCGAGAACGCCGCGUUGUGUGUGGCAAGACUCGUCGGGCAGUGUGUCACGCAUUUUUCUCUCGACCGCUUUCUUGAAUCUGAAACUGUGUGCUGUCCUAUGUCGGGAGAGACUGAGACGUUUGGCUGUGUUUUUUAUCCGUCAUCUGCGCUUUCGUGCGACAGAGUUGUUUUCCGUGCCUGGCGUUCAAGGUAAAACACACAGCAGAGGGGAGUCUGCGUAGAUCGUUUAGCAGUGCUCUGUGCAGCGCUCAUGGGUAGCGAGAGUGGUGGGGAAAGACCUCUUAGAUGCUUUUCCAGAAAGAGAUAGGGUUUUUAGACGGUUCGGACUCUUCUUUUGUGCGGAGAAGUGCGACUCACGCUUCCGGGCGUCCACGGUGGUCCUUCUCCCGACCUAGGAAUCUAUGGCUCUGCCGCUGCGUGCGGAAAUCUAAAUGUUCUUUGUGCGAUACGCUGUCAAGGAACGAACGGGAGGAAGAUCCAGUGGCAAUCGUCGGUGUUCUGCUUCGAGUUGAAGCAAGGAUUCGGGUCUGCUUCCCUUCUUGUUCGAAAGUGUGUCAAUAUUCAUGUGGAGGAAACGAAGGAGCUUCUCUCCGCCGUUGUGCUUUUGCGCAAUCAACGCGAGACCCUUUUUCAGCGCUUUCUAUGUUUCGUGACCUCCCACGGUCACGUUUUGCUUUGGCGAUAAGCGCAUUGUUGCAGGAUCACCCAAAGUGAUCCCUGUCUUUCCGAAAAACGGAAACAGGUGCUUUCUCGUUCUUCAGAGCCCUCAGCACAACUGAGGAACACAGUGAUACAUACGGAGGGUACACAGCUGCGCAGGCGAAAAAAGGAUAUGGUACGCACGGGGUAGAUACACAGGUCUAUGAAAAGGGUUGUUUUGGUGGCGUUCGGUGACCUGGGGCAUCCAUGCAUCAACUGAUUUAAACUCAUUCUUCCGAAGGGCGAAGUGAGUCGCGUAGCACAAGCGAACGCGACUUGCGUCGGCGUCAAACGGCAGGGAGGCCUUUUGUGAAGUGGAGGUAUUACGUGUUAUCUAGAGAGUAUAUCUGUUCAAAUAGACCGCGACUUAGAACGGUAGUAGUCAAACCGAAGAAACAAAUCAUAGUGCCUGGGAUCCUGAACGUGACUCCAAUGACGGGAGACGGACACCAAGUUCUGUAUCUUUGCUGGUUGUUGUACAUCACGCUGGAGUGCUGGAGACAGGUGAACAUCGUGGAAUUCACAAAUUUCCCACGGCAACAAAGCUGCUCCACAUCGGUUCGCUUUUUCGCGUCAUAGACGGGGGCUGAAGACAGUGUGUCCUCAGAAUUCUGACUUCAUGUAGUCUGGGCGUAACUCCGCCAGAGGAAACAAAGCACUUGCUCGUCUCUCUUCUGAGGCUUCGUUCUUUCUGGAGCCCUCGAUGUGAACGUCAAUAAUGGCGUUUCAAAGAAAAAUAUAUAUUUGAGUCACAACAGCAAGUGUGCACGCUGAACGCCGGCAAUACGUCCACAGGGGCACCCGAUCUCCCAUGACCAAGUGAGACUCCCGGAGCUGUCUUAUCCGUCUACUCGCUUGAUGCGUAUUGGUGUUUUAGUCAUUUCAGUAGCAUUACGUUAUUAUUUUCUGCGCAGUCUUCAAUCGAACGUUGUUUUCUGUCUUGUAAUUAGGGGAAAUAGAACUCGAAAUCUUAAAAAGUCUACAGUUGUGGUUUCAGUGAAAACACAACGUCGAGUGGUUCUCUAAGCGGUAACUGCAGGAAACAUCUUUUCACAGAGGACGCGGUGUGUUGUGUGCAGAAGAUAGCUGGUGUGGAUUCACCUUGAUGUGGAAUAUUGAAAUGCAACAUUUUUAGUUCUCGAGCAUCAGCGAUGGCGUCUGGAGGGAUGAGCGACUUCGAUGUGGAACUUUUUCGGUGGGAAAUGGGGGAGGGCAUGCAUAAGUAGAUCUCUGAAGCUGUGUGCGUCGAACGGGUAUUCCGUAUUUACCUGAGUGUUCCUAAACAGACGUUGUCGAUCUGUGGAGAUGAUGUUGUGUGCCUCGAGAAAGCUAGUGUCUUGAGCCCCAGACGCUGUAGACGCUUCGGCCUGGGACUCGUAUCUCGCAUCGUUCCCAGAUCUCUACAGAGAGACCUCUUUGAUGCUGCGUGCAACAGCGACUUUCAGGCUAGCGCGUGUUUUGCCCCCAUUCAAACAAGCCCAUACGCCUUUGUCGCUGCAGUUAAGAAGGCAAUCACGGUGUGGAGACUGAUUGCCGAGCGUGGGACGCAAAAGGCUCGACAUGCACUGUCGACAGCUCUGCACAUCCCAGUUGAGCGCCAGUCUUCACGGAAAAGAAAACGCAAUAACGCGGAAAAGCACGCCAGACGAAGCAAACAAGGCAAAGGAAACGACCUGUCGUAGGUGUCGCCAGAGAUCUUAACCUUCUGGAUGUGACGUGACGUAGAUACGUGUUUGGGGAUUGAGAGUUUCUCGUUUUCUGGCGAGUCUAGACUUCGAGUCGAGCCGCUGAUUUAGACCUUAAAGGUCCUUGUUUACCGGAUCCAAGGUCUCUUGUGCUUUUCACGACCAUCGUGUUAAAUGCUCAAGCAAACUCGUUUCCAGCGAAACUUGGAAGGACCAAGAUGUGCACAUAAAGCUUACUCCUUUCCUUAUGUUUCGGCGUCCGUCCAGGUGUUGAUGUUUCGAGCAACAACGCCCGUCUACCGCAGACCAGUAUGUCAGCGUCAAUUUCGCCUUUCUGUACCAUGCGACUUUUUGGAUGUAAUCAAAUCCGGC